CAUCAUGUUUCCUGCUCCCCGUUUCAAUGGGAGUCGAGUAGCUGCCUCGAUACGAGCUUCUCGUCCCACAAGAUUCGACUCGUAUGCGACUCGGUUGAACACCUCUUCUCCCGAGUGUUCGCUCAAGACGAAGCAAUGAUUCGAUAACGUCAUUGAACCUGAACUUUCUCAUCUUGACUCUAUCCGCUCGUUUCAUUCCUAUCUACGACGCUUUUCACGAUGCCGCAUUCGACAGCGCCCGACUCGUCAGCGCGAGAUACGUCGCUCAAUCGCUCCUCCAGCUUAAAGGGUCACAGAGAGGCGAACGGAGAUGUCAAUCAUGGCACGGAGAAAUUUCCCGACCUCGACCUUGGAAACAAUGGACGGUCGGCGAGUCCGCGCAAGCACGAUGGCUCUGCCAAUGGCGCGGCCUUCCCGGGUGGCAGAUGGCAACCACGACGAGAUAGUCGAGUAAGAUGGGCGCCGAAUGAACAAUCGCCCUAUAUCCCCCAGCAUAACAGGCAGAGGAGGAUUAGCAAUGCCAUCCGGCAUAUGAGAUCCGGGAGUAUGAGCCAGAACGCGCACGAGAUUGCAGGCGCACUACGUGCACCGGUCUCGUACAAACUCAUUAUACUAUGCAUCAUGUGGUACUGGUCCUCGGCGUUGACAAAUACGUCUUCCAAGUCGAUUCUGACCGCGUUCAACAAACCGGCGACUCUUACCCUCGUCCAGUUUGCAUUCGUGUCCUCAUUCUGCAUGCUCUCCUCCUGGCUGGCGUCCACCUUUCCUAAGAUUCGAGCCGCAGUUCCGGCCUUGAGGCACCCUGUUCGGUACCCAUCGAAGGAUGUCAUCGUGACCACGCUACCUCUCGCAGCCUUCCAAAUAACUGGGCAUCUCCUCAGCUCCAAUUCCACCUCAAAGAUUCCCGUGUCUCUGGUCCACACUAUUAAGGGGCUGUCGCCGCUAUUCACCGUCUUCGCCUACCGCUUCAUCUUCAAUAUCCGAUAUCCAAGGGCUACAUAUUUCUCGCUCAUCCCCUUAACUAUUGGUGUGAUGCUGGCAUGCUCGGGGAGUCAUACGUUCCGAGGCGAGUUCUUGGGAAUCCUAUACGCUCUCCUUGCGACCAUUAUAUUUGUCACCCAGAACAUAUUCUCGAAACGACUGUUCAAUGAAGCGGCCAUCGCCGAGGAGCAAGGCUUGGGGGCACAAUCUCGCAAGUUGGAUAAGCUGAACCUGCUUUGCUAUUCCUCGGGACUAGCGUUCCUCAUAACCGUCCCGAUAUGGUUUUGGAGCGAAGGCAUCGGUAUCAUAGGCGACUUCCUGUGGGACGGGUCGGUUGACCUAGCACAGUCGCCUAACUCAUUUGACCAUGGUCGUUUGACUCUCGAGUUUGUCUUCAACGGGACCUUCCAUUUCGGCCAGAACAUCCUGGCUUUCAUCCUGCUUUCCACGGUGUCCCCCGUCACAUACUCGGUGGCAAGUCUCAUCAAGCGCGUCUUUGUCAUCAUCAUAGCCAUCAUCUGGUUCCAGAGUCCAACAACCAACGUCCAAGCCGCCGGUAUUGGCUUGACUUUCCUGGGCCUGUACCUCUACGACCGGAGCAACGAGAAGAACAAGGCCGACCAACGGGCUCGGACGAUGACCGACACCAAGGGUGAGCGGCCGCUGUUGCCCCUGGAUGUCAGGCAUGUGAACACCUCCCAGGCCCUCCCGGUAUUUGAGAACUCCGUCGCCAUGGAGCAGAUGUCGCACCCGUACACGAACCCCAUCUCAUACCCCAACGGCGAGGGCAAGAAGUCGGAUGAUUUCGGACGCGGCCGGGGAGGGGCAAAUCCCAAUGCCGCCUGGCUACCACCAGGUACGAAGCAGGAGGAAACCUGGCGCGCAAGCGACAACGUCUCGGCCGCACCUUGAUUCUGUAUUCUAUCUUGUCCACCCCUUUCCCGUUUUUUCCCUCUCCCUUUUCCCUUUCUCUUUACUUGCCAUCAUGAGGGCGCAGGGGGUUCGCGUGCUGGCAACCAGCAGUUGAUAUUUUCAAGCAUUUGUACGGGCAUACAUAGCCUCCUGUCAUGGAGUCAUAUGCCGCACCAUUCCAUUUGGGCAUCUUUUUAUCAAGAGGGCAUAGAGCAGGGACUCGGGAGUGUCACGGGUAGAUACGAGGGUAAUUGGCGUUCGAAACAGGGUGUCUGUUUUCUUCUUUAUCUGUAUGAAUAUUGCACACAUGUCAUAUCAUGUACGACAUUAGACACCAAAACAGGAAUUAGGCUCGAUAGACAUUAGACAGCCAGAGCCCAGCUCUAUAUGAACCAGGCUCACAAAGCCUCUUGAAAGUCGCCUUGGAAGUCCCGUUGGUUUAAUAAUAGGCAUCCAGAC